CCCGUGUAAUUUUUGUGAGGGAGCGAGUACUGUACCCAAACCACCCACCCGUCCUUUUUCCCAAACAUUUUUUCCAUACCGUAACCUCAUUUUCACCCCCUUCAAAAGAAGACUCUGCUCUCCAUCACUUCACUCCCUCUCUCCAUCAUUUUUAUCUUGUCCGAGCGAUUUUUUCCAUCUGGAUGACCUCGCUCAAUCCGUUCCCCUUGUUCCCGCGUUAAUCGGAUGCUGUGUUCCCAAGCUAGACUCCAUGCUCCGCGACGAGCUCCUUCGGUCUAAAAACGAUGAGAUCGCGCUCGAAAAUGAACCUUUUACUGACUUGGUGGCUAGAAACUGUUUGUCGCGCCGAAAGCGCAAGCUCAGCGCAUUGUAUCUAGCCACGGUCGGGUUUGGCGCGACCGAGGACUCGCAUUACCAGCAAAAGGAACGAGCAUUUCUCGACGCCAACGACCUCUCCAAAGGUCGAUACUUCGAUGAAGCUACGCUUCCACUGCCUGCCCAUGCGCAUGCGCGUUCUCCAACCAGAAGCUCAGUCUCCCCGACAACAGCUUCUGGUACCAAGACCAAACCUAUUACCGAAAUUACUCCCCCAUCAACCUUCGACGGCGGUGUCCCGCAAGUGACCGAACCGAUCCAAAGCGAAACACCCGCACCGGCGCAUCCUGGAACUGCAGCUCCCAAUGUCGCGCCUACUACAGGAGACACAGAUGGAGCACGUCGGCCAUCUGUGCCAACCAUCUACAAACCGCCAAAGGAUCUCGAACUGCUACCGACGACUGCGCCAGCCCCCCAAUUCUCGCGCGAUCAGAAAGGCAGCGCACCAGCCUUCGAUGCCAAUCAAGAUGGAAACGAAGCCAAGGUCUCUCGCACAAAGAUUGCUGCAACAGGUGCUCCCUCACUGGAGAUCCCCUCCGACACCCACCGAAGGAAAGAGGCACGGCCGUCUCUGACUCUAGGGCCCUCUAAUACCGAACAACCUCUUUCACCCGCCUCCUCUAUCGACCCUUACUCUAAUAAUACACCCGUACCGGCCGCCGCAUCACCCGACACAAGCCCUGCAGAAGAAGUGGCCGAGGAUGCUGAAACAAUCAGUCGUCCACACAAACAUGACCGAUCACGAUUAAGCUUGGUCCCGUCAACACCCGAUGAGCAAUUGCGCCUCGAACAAGCCAGCUCGAUACAAGAGAGGCCCGCAGAUGUCAAUGCCGGUCUGCCUUCCUCGAACGAGGUAAUCAAGGAGAGCGCAGGAGCUGAAGACGCGCAAGAUGAAAUGGAUAUCGACCAAGCCGCUCCCGAGUCUGAAGUGAAGCUCCCAGCAUCAAAAUCUGUGUCGCCAUCCACAAUGGACGUUACUGCUGAUUCUGUUACACCUGUCAAGAAACCGUCAUUGUCUAUCCCUCCUUCUCAGCCUGGAUCGUCACAACCAGAGCGCAUGACUACCCGAGUUUCGUCGGGAGCUAUCCGACAUAAGUCUGUUUCUGAGAUUCUCGGAGAGACUCCGCGGAGUCACCAUGAGAGAGUCCCACUCACACCCUCCGAGCAAGGCUCCCCCGAUUCUGUUGCCAGAAUGCGCUUCAAGGACCGAAAAGACCGAGAGAAGGAGAGAAGUCGACUUUCAACAGUGGUUUUCCCUAAGCAGCAGCCCUCUCAACCUGAGUCUACAGACUUGCUGCACAGAGACAUGGAUGCGGUUGCCAAGUUGAACGAGGAACAAGAUUAUCUGUUCACGCUAUUCUUGAACCGAGCCUACGCUCCCCCACGAGGAACAAACCUCAAUACUCUAUUGGCGUCCGCACACAAGACAUUGAGUACCAACAACCAUUUGCUUGAAUACCAAGAGUCCAUGGAUUGUCGUACUUUACGGCGCAUUUACGCACUUCAAAACGCCAACCGGUGGCCCUUGCGGCAAAUGAAGCGUUCCGUCGAACCUCCCCGCCAAGGAUCACAUUGGGAUGUAGUGCUGGAUCACAUGAAGUGGAUGCGAACUGACUUCCGAGAGGAGCGCAAAUGGAAGCUUGCUGCCGCAAAGAGCUGUGCCGAUUGGUGUGCCGAAUAUGUCAACAGCGACGAGGAACACCGGGCUCUACUACGUGUUCAAACGAAGAUUCCUUCGCCAACCUUGGCCGAGAAGGAUGCAGCAAAGGCCGGUCCCAGUCCGCCUUCUGAGGAUACUGGCGAUGAAGCAUUUGGUGGCUCUCAUCCCACUCCGGACCUUAUUCCAUCUGCCGAGGAGGAGUCGGUCAGUGACGGAUUCAACGAUGAGCCCAGACACGACCUUCAAGACACUGUGACUCCUGCCGCUAUCUUCUCCCUAGGCUCGGAUGAGUUCAACUUCUCAAUUAACAUGACUCCUGCUGCUGAGAAGCUGCUAGACGAAUUGCCGAUAUAUGGGCCAUUGCAAAUGACCCCUGGGACGAAUGUACCGAACUUCAAAGCACCCCCUGAUUCAGUAUGGAAGACGGAGCUUCUGCCUGUCUCCAAAUUUGCGUCGACCAAGAUCACCUUCCAUGAUGACGAACGUCCUCGCAAGCGGAGCAGAUAUGACUUCUCCCAGUAUAACAAUGAUUCCGAGCAUCGCAUUACCGAUCUUCCCCCCGAGCAGACUAAUGUCGCCCUUUUCCGCCCCGAGAACAAACCCAUCCGGGAUCGCAUUCACCCCGGGCAUUCAUUCCGGCCUCCAACCGAACACCCAAUGCCAUCUGUUGGGUUCUUUGAAUCACGUCAGUCAUCACAGUGGACUUAUGCUGAGGAUGAUGAACUGCGACGCUUGGUCAAGGAGUAUUCCUACAACUGGUCUCUAAUUUCCAGCUGCCUAACUCCAUCGUCUAUUUUUACUUCUGGCGCUGAGAGACGGACUCCUGGGAAUGUUUCGAGCGAUGGGUGGGACUGGAAGACACAAUACUUCCGGGCCUACCACCAGAGGCUUGAAACCGCUCAACGUACCGUGCUUGCUCAGCAGGCGGCUGCUCAACAACAGCAGCAACAACAGCAGCAACAACAGCAACAGGGCAACAGCGGUCCGCCUCAGCCACCUAUCCGCCGGAGGUCCACACAGCCUAUUCGUGUUGACAGGAGACGGUCAUCGAAACAUCUUGCUUUGCUUGAUGCCAUGCGUAAGCUGGCUAAGAAGAGGGAGACUAUGCUUCAAAAGCAGCAGCAUGCUUCUCAUCUCGCUUCAUUACGCAAGGCCAAUGAGGCUAAUCAACCCAAGCCCCCGAUCUCAUCGCCAGCUGAAUUCAGUCGGCUGAAGUACGACAGAGAGAUGAAGUUGCAGGAAAGGCAAGAGCAAUACCGGCAGCAAAUGAUUGCGCAACAGAGAGCUAGUCUUGCAGCUCAGCGUUCCGGUCAAGCGCCUAACCAGCCAGCGGCAAAUGCCCCAGGGCGCAGCAACACGAACAUGCCUUCCGCCUCCAACCCCAGCCUGCCAGGUGGUACUCCGAAUGGAGUGCCUAAUGGCAUGCAGCCUAGUGCCGGUGUCAAUCAAGGCCGCCCUCUGCCAAUGCAAAACAUGCCGGCGGGCGCACAGUCAAACGGCCAGAUGCCCAACGGUAUGGCUAUGAAGAUGAUGCCCAAUCAAAUGCAAGGAACAGGCGCGAGACCUGGUAUGGCGAUGCAAACAUCCCCCGAUAACACUCGCGUCAUUCGAGAAGCGAAUCGAUUGCAGGAGCAGCAGCGCCUUCUCCAAUCUCGGCAACAACCGCAAGGUCAGCAGCAAUUCCACAACCAGCAAUUUUCAUCCCAGGGAUCGCCGAAUCUGAACAUGUCAAAUGGCACCCCCAACAAUCCAGCCAUGAUGGCCGCCAUGCAGGCCCAAGGAGGAAUGCAGAGCCCAUCGUUCCACGGUGGCACGCCUCAAGGCGUAUCAACCCCGUCGCCUCGUAUGGGUCAGCCGAAUCCUCUUUCGAGCGGCAUGGUGCCACAAAUCAGUACGAUCCAAAGCCAGAUCCAGCGCAGCAACCCGAAUAUGCCCCCUGAGCAGAUAACUAAGUUGGCUACUGAUCGACUCAAUCAGUACCAACAGUCGCAACAGCAGCGCUUGUCCCAACAGGCCGCGAUCAAUGCUGCUGCGGGUAGCAUCAAUGCGAAUGCCAUGAACGCGAAUUCUGUGCAGGCUAAUUUCCAAGUUCCCCACGAUGGCAAUUUCCAGACUCCUUCGGCGCCCAACAUGGCGAACGGUAAUUCCGGGAUGCAGGUCCCCCAAAAUCAGGGAUUUUCCCCGAUGAUGCGGGUUCCUCAGCCUGGCCAACAGAACCGCGCUGGCCCAACUAGCUCGCCCGCCAUGAACGGAGCUGUCACCCAGCCUAGCCGCAGCGCCACCCCUCAAACCCAACGCAGUGGCAGUGCCCAAGCCGGCGUUCAAGGCUCCAGCAAGAGCCCGCACGCCCCAGCAGCCCAGACAGCAACCAGCUGAAGGACCAGCUAAAGCAGUCUUCGUGGCACACUGACGCAUCUGUCACAACCUCCUCCCUCCCAUUCUACCUUCAACUGUACAUACUUACACCACACCUUACUUUGAUUUAUUACCCCCUCUUUGUCCUCCAUCCUUUCUUUCUCCUACCUCCGUUGAUUCGGAUUAUCGCACUACACCUCGCGCUACCCUUUAUCUACCCUAUCCCUCCCCCUUUGACUCCCGUUUGCGUGCUCUUAUUUCUUUACCGUUCGAAAACCUCGAUGUUCCCUCAAUAUAGCGGACUCGAUAUGCACUGGCUCCUUUUUACUUACCAGUGCUUCUCUUUUUUUUCUGGGUCUGGGCUUGUAUUAUUGAUAGGAUUAGGCGAAACCUCUGGGGCGGACGGAUUCUAGGAAUUGAAAUGAAUUGUAUGAUUAGUUUUGAACUUGCCUUUCUCCCUGUAAGGUUUUGUAUUUGUCUCUACGGGUAUGAAGUACGAGU